AUGAUUAGCAACAAAUACCUGGUCAUCAUGCUGCCCCACAUCCCCCGGAUGAGUGCCCGUGUGGCCGGAGCCGCCGUGACCAUGGUGUGGGUGGUGUCCCUGUUGGUCAGCAUCCCGGCCGCCAUGUCCACUAAGGUCGUGCCGUACGCCAACAACGGCAACACCUUCUGUGGGCAGAUCUGGCCCAUCCAGGAGGAAGCUCGGUACAAGGCCUACUACCUGUCUAUGCUGGUGUUGGAGUUCCUCAUUCCCGUCAUCAUCAUGACGUUCUGCUAUGUCUUCAUCGUGCGGAAGAUAUGGAAGAGACAGGUUCCAGGUUUCCGAACGGACGAGCAGAACCAGAGCAUCAUGCGCUCCAAGCGGCGGAGUGUUCGUCUGCUUGUGGUGGUGCUCGUUCUCUUCGUGCUGUGCUGGGGUCCGUACCACGGAUAUUCCGUCGCCAGGGACUACUUUCCUUACAGCUUGUCGAAGAACAAGCUGAACCUCCCCAUUUUCUACGUGGUAGAGGCCCUGGCUAUGGGCAACAGCAUGAUCAACACCGUGGUCUACAUCGCCAUGAACGACAGCAUCAAGAAGUACAUCAAGAAGAUCCCUAGAAGCUGCAAGGCUGCAUGGGUUGCGAGACAAAACCGCAAGGUGGCGCCCACGAACGUCAGACGGAGAGGCGACGCUGAGAUGAACGCCAGGAAAAACCCUUUGCUGAUUUCCACCAUAUUCAGACCUGUCCGUGUCGACGCGUUUGUCCAGGAGUCGCGAUCAACCCACGUGUGA